UCAGUUAUCUAUUGCAUCAGUUCUAAUGAGACCACAUCCUUUGAGCUUAACAUAUAAAGGAGUGAGCGUUAGUGCACUCAUCAUCAGCUCAAAGAGGGAAGACAGACAAGAUGUUCGCCCCGAGAGAUUUCCGUGUUUUCAUCCCGUGUGUGGUUCUCCUCAUCGUCCAGUCCAGCUAUGGUUCUGAGAUUACUGAAGGAAAAGAAGUAGAGCCACACUCGCUGCCUUUCAUGGUUCUGCUGCAGUCCACGGAACGUUGUGGAGGGACACUCAUUGAUCCAAAAUGGGUCCUGACCGCUGCCCACUGUAAAAACAUGACGGUAGUGGUGCUGGGGGUGCACUCCAUCAAAGCAAUGGAAACUAACUCCCGGCAGGUCCUAAGGGUAAAGAAAAGUUAUCCUCAUUCCUCCUUUGAUAAGAAAACACACGUCAAUGACCUCAUGUUGCUCCAGCUUGACAAUCCAGCGAAGCAAACCGGGACAGUGAAAUGUCUCAAGUUGGGCGAUUCCAUCGAAGACCCCAAGGCUGGGAACAAAUGUCUGGUGGCCGGAUGGGGAAUGACAGAGAGAAUGGAAAUUUCUGAUGUCCUGAUGUCCGUUAACGUGACUGUGGUCGACCGAAAGAAGUGCAACUCUUCCGACUACUACAACCACAACCCUGUCAUCACUGAUAGCAUGAUAUGUGCUGGUUCAGAUGGUAAAAACAGUGCAGAUACUUGUAAGGGCGACUCAGGAGGGCCGCUGUUGUGUAAUGGAGCGCUGGUUGGAGUCACUUCUUUUGGAAAGGGGUGUGGCGUUAUCAAAAAACCAGGAGUGUACACGUUUCUCACACAAAGUCACCUCGCAUGGAUCAAGAAGACAAUGAACGGGGGUGCGAUGUGAGCUCCGCUCACUUUGAGUAUCCUCCGCUCGUUGAUGCUCAUUUAUUAUUUUAGAUUUGCAAUCAGCGGCUUCUUUUCUGCUUUUCCGUAUUAGCAUCCCCAGCUGGCCUUCUUUAUUUUGCCUCCUCCAAAACCAAAUAUAUUGAUGAAAAUGUGUAGAUGGACAUUUGUUUUUAACAAGGCUCAAAUGAAAUGAUUACUUCCACAGACUUUAAGAGAGGCUAAUGUCUAGUUACAGAUAAUUAGAUUCAGUUACAACUAUUGCAUCCUUUGUGUAGGUAAUAAUGAUCACGUUUACAUGGUCAAUACUCCGUCAUCUAUUAUCAUAUAUCAGUCAAAGUGGCUCUGCCCACCCUUGAGCUUCAAUGUGAUAGAAAUAUCAAUCUUAUGGACAUUAUAUAUAAACCACGGGCCUCAGAAACACUGACGUUGAGUUAAGUAGAAGGUUGGUAUUCCUCAGGGCAGUUGCCUUGGACCACUGUUUCACUCUGUUUAUGUGAAAGAUCGACAUACAUGAAGCCAAUUAGAAAUGAAAAACUGUUAUUGUUCAUGUAUGACCCAUUGCUUCCUUGUUGCAUUUGAACUUGAAGUUUAUGUUUAUAAAACUAUUUUCUUGUAUUUUCUUUCCUCUGCCUAACAAAUGAUCCUGACAAAGCUCCAUCCAUGACACAGAGCUGCAGUAGCUUUUGACACAGAAGGUCACAAAACCCACAAGUACACAGUGUAUGUGUCAUGGUUCGUCUGUCUUUUAUUUUUUAAAUCAUGCUUUGUGUUUCCUGUUUUAUUUUGCCAUGUUUUUUAAUUUCCUGUCGGUCGUGUCUCCUUGUGGUUUUGUCAUGUCUGUCCAUGUCA